AUGAGGCUCCUACUGUGGGUCCGCAAUAUACUGACAUCCAUGGGCAUCGAAAGCAACUCAGACUCUCCACUGAUCUCCUUGGUGUUCAGAGUACGAAAAUCAGCCGCAGCACCAAGUGGAGUACCCAGAGAUGUCAUAGCAGUGACCAGAGAUGUAUCUGCGAGGUCGGAGAUAAUGCAACGUUCCAGGGAGAUGGGUGCGGUGCCUUGUGAGGGCCACAGAGUGGCUAUAUGUGCCGAAAUCCCAUUCUCUGUCUCAACAGAGAGGAAAAGGCUGGCACCUGUAGCCAGAAGACGGCGAGACUCAUCCAUCAGGUACCGAUGGGGUUUAGAGGGAUACCUACUAGCUGACAAGGGGGGAGAGAGUAUCACACUAACAUCCCGAGAUGAUCCUGAACUGCUCCUGCUAAACUAGGCCUGUCAAGACUCACCAACUUCACAAAGAAAAGACGAGCCCGGAGCCAUCACCAAGUGCAACAUUAGAAGCAUACCACGAAACACCACCAAGAAACUGCCAAUUGGAAUAUCGUCCCUCAGCCACACAGAUCUUGGACGGCUCUGAAGCGCCUGAAGUCGGCAAAUGCUCAUCUACACACACAUAUGCGGACACUUAG